AUGGAAAGCCGUGUUGUGGGCGAGGGGGAGGUGAAGAGUGCUCUUGAAAGAUUGUUGAGCUAUCUGGAGCCGCAUUGGGAUUUUGUCAAUUGCCACAUGGUCAACUACUUAACUGACAACCACUGGACGCACUUUGUGCCUGAAGACCUCAGAUUGGAGGCUUGCACUGCCAAAGAAAUAAACCAAAUUAUAGAACAACAAUUUUGGCAUUCUGAACGCGACAAUUUGCAAUUUCCAGCUUUUGCGAACUUCCUUGCGGCGUGCAAGCGUUUCCGCUUGGAAGGCUGUGAAAAUGCAGUGCUGACCAGCGUAGAACAAUUGGAACAAGAGUUGUCGGUAGCCAUGGAGACACAACUGAGUAUUAAGGAAUUUAUGAGCGCCAAGAAGUGUCAUGAGGUGGAGCAGACUGCGGCGCUGGUGGAUAAACUAGUUCAGAGCGUGUCGCAGCCAGCGCAGAAAGCGAGUUGUUGCAUUGUAGACGCUGGUGAUGGCAAGGGUUACCUCUCGUCUAGAUUGGCGCUGCAAUAUGGACAUCGAGUGCUUGGUAUUGAUUCAAACGAGUCAAAUACUGAAAAUGCUUUGACACGCAAUCGCAAGUUGCAGCGCGCUUGGAAUGGACUAACUGAACGUGCAGAGCUACAGAGCCAAGGCAUAAUACCACCACGUCGAGGCAAAAAAGCGGCUCAACGUGAAACUAAUUCAGUUUCACAUUCCUCAAUGGAAAAUUACAAAACCACAGCUCAGUUCAUAACCACAGACAUAAACUUGGAUGAUUUAGUGACUCAACAUUUCGACCAGCACUCCAAUGGAAUAUGUUUAACAGGCCUUCACACUUGCGGAAAUCUGGCAACAACCUGCUUGCAAGUAUUUCAUGCUCAGAACUCUUGUCGUAUAUUGUGUAAUAUUGGCUGCUGCUAUCAUUUGUUGCGGGAACGCUACUCACACCAGGAGUUCUUUGGCAACAAAGUAGUAAUGGAGCAGCAAACGGAAUAUGGCUUUCCACUAAGUCGCUAUCUUCAGCAGAAACAAUUACGGUUGGGUCGCAAUGCACGGAUGCUUGCUGCUCAAUCAAUUGAACGUACACUUGCUGCCAAGGAAUUACCAAAUAUAACCCUCUAUUAUCGCGCACUACUUGAAUUACUAGUAUGUCGUCAUGCACCGCAAUUGAAGAACGAAUUGCAGGUGGGUAAGGUGCGAAAAUUCGGCUCAUUCUCCGAAUAUGUGCAAAAGUGCGCCAAGAAGCUCAAUGCACCUUGGUUGGCAGCUGUGGAGGAAGCGGAAUUGCAAGCAUUGCUGAAGGCACAUGAACAAGAUCGUCAAUAUCUGGAGCUGUUCUAUCUGAUUCGGAUGUCUUUUGCUCCGAUUCUGGAGAGUGUUAUACUUUUGGAUCGACUUUUGUAUCUAAAGGAGCUAGGCUACGAGCACAGCUAUUUGAUUGAUUUGUUUGAUGCAGUUAUAUCACCUCGACACUAUGCUAUUGUUGCUAUCAAGCAAUAAUCAACGCGUUAGUAGAAUCUAGAUUACAAUUGUCACUUUACUGAUUACUAAUCUACAUGUAAAUACAUUAUACGCAAUUAAAUAGUCAUAACACUUUCAAAACAAAACACUCUUC